UCUUCUUUUGUGAAUACCUCCUUGACUUGAUAUGUCAAUUAUGGUUAAAUUAUUACAUUUAAGCGCUUAAACUUUCAAGUGAAGUUGUUUGAUUGACUUUUUUGACGAAACAGAACCUUUAUGGAAUGGACGAACACAGAGAGGUGUACGAGUUCGACUGGAUCGAGUACACAGUCUUCGUGGUAAUGCUAUGUCUUUCAGCUUUCAUCGGGUUUUAUUACGGCUUUAUAAAAGGAGGCCAGGACACAGUCUCCGGCUAUUUGUUCGGAGGGAAGCAAAUGUCACUUUUCCCCAUCGCCAUGUCUCUUGUUUCUUCUUUCAUAUCCGGUAUAACGCUUUUGGGCGUACCUGCUGAAGUUUACGUCUACGGGACACAGUACAUGGUAGGGUCGACCGCCUUGAUCGGUGUCGGCAUCGUGACUGCUUACGUAUCCAUUCCAAUUUUCUACAAACUCCAACUACUUUCUUUGUACGAGUAUUUCGAGUUGCGGUUUAACACAAAAGUGAGGCUAGUUGUGUCAUUCCUGUUCAUCUUCUCUCACUUAUGCUACAUCCCUGUUGUUAUAUACACACCUGCUUUAGCGAUUAACCAGAUUUCUGGUAUCAACGUCCACAUCAUUACGCCUUUUCUCUGUUUGAUAUGCAUCUUCUAUACGACUGUGGGCGGGCUGAAAGCAGUCGUCUGGUCCGACACGCUCCAAGGAGGACUGAUGAUCUUCUCCAUAAUCGCUGUGGCAUGGACUGGAGCUUGGAAAAUGGGCGGUUUUGGAAAUGUUUUCAAAGCGGCGUACGAAGGAGGAAGGCUACAAGCGUUUAACUUUGAUCCAGACCCUACGUUGAGGUUAUCGUUUUGGUCUGCCUCUUUUGGAAUAUGGGUCUUUUGGGCGAGCAAUACCUCAUUCCAUCCUGCGUCUAUACAGCGGUUCAUCUCACUCCCUACGAUGAAGAUGGCCAAAUGGUCUGUGCUUUACACCGUACUCGGUACGCUUUUCUUCCUUAAUCUGAGCGGUUUGAUCGGCCUGGUGAUUUACGCUUAUUACAAAGACUGUGAUCCUUAUACGACUAAAGUUAUCAACAGGCCUGAUCAAAUACUGCCGUUGUUUGUCGUAGAAGUUGCUGGUAAGAUUAGAGGUCUGCCUGGGCUGUUCCUCUCUGGGGUGGUGUGCGCGGCGUUGAGCACGAUGUCGACCGGUUUGAACACGAUGGCCGGCACUGUGUACGAGGACUUCAUCGAGCCUUAUCUCAAGGUGAAAAUAACGGAAAAGAAAGCCAGCCAAAUCAUGAAACUCCUCGUCGUCGUAAUGGGCAGUGUCUGCGUCCUUUUGAUACUCGUCAUCGAGAAAUUGGGAGCGAUUUUGGAAAUUUCGGUUCGGUUCAGCGGCAUGACGUCAGGAACCACGUUGGGUCUUUUUCUCCUAGGAGCUUUCUUUCCGACCUCAAAUGCAAAAGGGGCGGCAUGGGGAGCUUUGGUAAGUUUGGUCGUCAUGACUUGGAUACUCGUCGGAUCAAAUUUGGCCAUGGCGAACGGCCUCAUCAGUAAUCCCGUACUUCCAACAAGUAUAGAAGGAUGUCCUUUCAACGUGACUGAUGUCGUGCCUGUAGCCCAGGCCGCGACAGACGCUUACGUCUUUCCAUUGUACAAAGUGUCGAUUUUCUACUACAGCUUUAUCGGUUGUACGGUUGUCAUGGUCGUGGGCCUUGUCGUCAGCUAUUUGACCGGACCGAAUAAAAUAGGAGACGUGAAUCGCAAACUUCUCUCGCCUCUCAUUUACGGACUGUUGCCGAAAGAAGUGGAAAAUGACUACAAGGGUGUACCGUUGAAACCAGUAAACGGUUAUGAUUGAAUCAAAUGUAUUUUAUAAUUUUGUAAAUAAAUUGUUGACACUGUU